UGCUAAUGCAACCAAGCUAUUCAACAUAAGAGAAUAUUGAGCUUCAAGCUUGGAAAUUCAUGGCAGGAAGUGUUACUUGGAGCAGAGAAGAAGAGAAGGCUUUCGAAAACGCCAUUGCAAUGCAUUGGACGGAGGAGGAGGAAUCUAAAGAGCAAUGGGAGAAGAUUGCUUCAAUGGUUCCUAGUAAAAGUCUCGAGGAAUUGAAGCACCACUAUCAAAUACUAGCGGAUGAUGUUACUGCAAUAGAAGCUGGUCAGGUGCCACUUCCCUGUUAUACAGGAGAGGAAGCCAUCUCUUCUGCUAAGGAUGUUCAUGGAUUUUCGGGAGCUGCUGCUCUUACUUCGGAUAAGAGAUCCAAUUCUGAUUAUGGAAAUGGAUUUUCGGGGUUAACCCAAGACUCGAGUGGACAUGGAGGGAAAGGAAGUUCGAGGUCGGACCAAGAAAGAAGGAAAGGAAUUCCAUGGACAGAAGAAGAGCAUAGGUUAUUUCUACUUGGUUUAGACAAGUUCGGGAAAGGAGAUUGGAAAAGCAUUUCAAGGAACUUCGUGAUAUCAAGAACCCCAACGCAGGUGGCUAGCCAUGCGCAAAAGUACUUCAUCCGCUUAAAUUCCAUGAAUAGAGACCGGCGAAGAUCCAGUAUCCAUGACAUCACAAGCGUCAACAAUGGGGUUACGUCUCAUCAACCGCCUAUCACUAGUCAACAGGCUUACACAAACUCAUCGGGUGCAGCAGCCCUGGGACAAUCGGUGAAGCACAGUGCUCAGCCCCAUCCGCCUAGUUUAGGCAUGUUUGGAGCACCUGUUGGCCAUCCGGUUGCUGCUCCAGGGCAUCCAGGAUCUGCUGUAGGAACCCCUGUUAUGCUUCCUCCCGGUCACCACCCCCACCCCCCUCCUCCCUAUAUCAUGCCUGUUGCUUACCCCAUGGCACCACCACUGAUGCACCGAUAAGUUAAAAUUCAAUCAUGUGGGGGCAACAAAGCAAAUUCUGUUUUCUUUUUUUUUUUUUUUUUAACAUGAAAUAUGCACAUGGAACAUUCCUAAGGCGAUUUUUAUAAAUAAAGCAGAUAUAUCAUAUCAGACAACUGUUUUCCUUUUUUUUUUUCCAGUAGUAAUCCAUCACCCACUUCAGCCUUCAUAAAUUCUUCUUUUACACUCGAGCCUUCCUAAUAAAUUCUUAUGCUGUAAGUAUAGUCU